GCAUAGACAUCCUGAAGCUCGUGGCAGCCCAGGUGGGGAGCCAGUGGAAGGAUAUCUACCAAUUCCUGUGCAACGCCAGCGAGAGGGAGGUGGCCGCCUUCUCCAACGGCUACACGGCCGACCACGAACGGGCCUACGCGGCCUUGCAGCACUGGACCAUCCGCGGGCCCGAGGCCAGCCUGGCGCAGCUCAUCAGCGCCCUGCGCCAGCACAGGCGCAACGACGUCGUGGAGAAGAUCAGGGGCCUCAUGGAAGACACCACCACGCUGGAACCUGACAAGCUGGCGCUCCCGGUGAGCCCCAGCCCGCUCAGCCCCACGGCCAGCCCCGCGCCGAAGCCCCCCGAGGCGGCCACCCUCACCGUGGAGCCCUCUCCGUCGGAGAAGAAGUGCUUCUUCGUGGACGAGUCGGAGCCCCUGCUGCGCUGCGACUCCACGUCCAGCGGCUCCUCCGCGCUCAGCCGCACGGGCUCUUUCAUUACCAAAGAAAAGAAGGACACCGUCUUGCGCCAGGUGCGCUUGGACCCCUGCGACCUGCAGCCCAUCUUCGAUGACAUGCUGCACAUCCUGAACCCCGAGGAGCUCCACGUCAUCGAGGAGAUCCCACAAGCCGAAGACAAGCUGGACAGGCUAUUUGAGAUCGCCGGAGUCAAGAGCCAGGAAGCCAGCCAGACCCUCCUGGACUCUGUCUAUAGCCACCUUCCCGACUUACUGUAGGCAUUGGUCACCACGCACUCUCGAAUAUCUGCUAGAACUAGCUUGGCACUCGUUAAGAUGAUCGACAAUAUGCAGACAGGUUUUGUUGUAGAAUACAUGGCCAGUAUUUUCUUUGAGGUGUCGUUGGUUUCUGGAGGGGGACAGUUUGCGAGCAUUGCACCUUUCAACCUUAACUAUUGCUCAAUUAAAGUCUUUGCACCCUCUGCUCCCUUCCGAGUCUUUCUUUUCUUGCUCUCCUUCCAAUCGGAUCAGUCAAUGCACUUUAAAAUGCAGUUAAUGAACUAGAAGACCACAAAUCUGGUGUAAUUUAUACAUUGAAUCGGGGAUCACUCUGUAACACAUUUCAGUUCUGUCAAAACUGUUAUUCUGAAUGGCUCUCUCCUGCUACCUCCCUUCUGCCUUGGAGUGGUAAAUGGUAAACCAUGCAAAACUGAUUGUUGCUGUUACCUUCUCUAAUGCGUCUAGCUUCCCCCAAGUUGACUUUUUUAAUGUACUAUUGUAUAGCUCAUGUUCAUUGCUGAAAUUUUACUAGCACGGUUAUUUAUUGUAUGGUUUCACCUGGACAACGCAUUGUGCUCCUAUAAGCUAAAGCAGAAGUGUUUUAAUGAAAUUAAGAGGUUCAGUUCCACCAACCUUCAAGAUUAUAAAAUGGCCCUUUGCCUGCGGUCGAAUGUAACCCAAACGAGGAGUAUCUUGCCUUGCCACUUAAGAGAACAGCAGG